AACAUGUGACUAUGGUGGCUGGUGUCUCUAUUUUCACGUUCCGUGUAAUAGAAUCGCCAAUAACUAGGGCACUUUGUUGGGAAAAUUCAUUGAUUAUUAACGUAUUACCAGUAGAGAAUAGCUUGUAUGAAAAGCACUGGAAAGCACCGGGUUUUCUGCACAGAGAGCAUCAAGCAUAAAUGAAAUAUAAGUGUAUUCAAUGCAAAUUAUAAUAGCAAGUUGUGGAAAGUACCAAAGAAACCAUUAAAACAUGUUUUUUUUUUUAAAUAUAACGGCUGGCGAUCCGCCACCAUUAAAACCAAAGCUGAGGGGUAUUCAUAGAUAAUAGUGGCAAAACGCCAGGGUGGAGCUAAAAGAAAAAGAUAACUAGAGGAAUCCUCAUUGGACCUGUAACGAUAAGAAAAACAUAUAAAACGAGCUGAUUAACGCUGUUUAGAUCAGAUGUGAUGCCUGAUGAGAAGCUGACAUCUCACUUUGUUGCCUGGCAAUAAAGAAUAUCUUUUGAAGACCUGGAACUUCUGACUCUGAGAGCUUUUUUGAGAAAGAAACAGAAUCAUCUUAGGACACUGCAGACUGGCCACAACAUAAUUGGCGAGCCCCAGCCAGGAGCAGCGAGAGGUCAGAGGUGGCCCCCACGGCGGGACUGCCCUACAAAACAAAAAGGUGCCAAAUAAAGAGGUAAGCACUUUUGCUUAUAUUUGUUUUGUAUGGCCCCUUGUGAGCUGAUGCCUGGGUGGUAACUAUAAGACCUCAGCCAAACGAACCUAAAUUUAAAUUGAAAUAAUAAAUGAAAGAAUUAAGAAAAUUAAGAUAAUCAAGAUUAAAAUGAUUUAUUAUGAAUAUUAAAAUGAGGAACAAUUUCCAGGUCUUUGAAGAUAGCGCAUGCGUAGAUUAGAAGUAUUUAACACGCAGAAGUGCGUUUUGCCAGAAGUUGGCUGUAGAAGUAGUAUUUUACACGCAGAAGUGCGUUUUGCCAGAAGUUGGCUACAUAAGAAGUGUUUUAUGCAGAAGUGCAUCUCUGUCUGCCUGAAGGAGGCACAGAGGAAUGUGUGUGCGCAGAAGUGCGCUUAUUGUUUGAUGUGUGUCAGGGAAAGCCUUGUGAAGAGUGGGCAGCCCUGUAAUUGUGUUGUAUAAUAGUGUAUAAAGUGUAAAGUAAGAAAAAAAAAAAAGUGAAAUAAGGUGGAUAGAAGAAUUUUUUGGCUUUGUAUAAUUUGCAUUGAGGAAAACAGCAUGCUUAGAAUUGAUGAAAGCAUUUAAAGGUGUUUUUGUGAAUUGGGAGAACAAGCUUAUUAAUGGAUAAUGAGAACCAAAAUAAAAAUGGAAAUGUAAAAUGUGAGAAAAUUUAUGUGAGAACAAAAAAUACUCCAAAGACUUUGUGUUGCAGAUUAUUUGGACAUUUUCCAGAUUGCAGACGCUGUGAUCCAAAUAAAGAAACACAGCCAUUGAUAAAUAAAAUAAAUAAAUAAGACUGAAUUGUUUUCCCACUGUCACAAAAAUCAGAAAAAAGUUAAUGUAUUGUAAAUAUAUUGUAUAUGAAGUGUGAGUGAAAUCCCGGGUGUGUGAGUGCACAUUGAAGUGUCUGUGAGCUUGAGGAGGGGAGAGAGGUGUGUGUGUGUGUGUGAGUGUGUAGUGGAGCAGAAACAGAGAGAUUCCUUUCUAAGAAGCAACAGUUGGCCAGGAUCCAUGUUUGAAUUAUUUGUUUCAGAAUAUGAGAAAGAUAGGGUGAGAGAGUAUUGGAGGCUACAGAGAGAAGAAACCAAAUUUAGACAAGCAUUAAAAGAGUCCCAAGGGAUACGAAAUCAUUUUUGGCUUGAAACUGAAUAUAUAGACAUUGACGGGCAGAGAAGGGAGCUUACUGAACAGAAAAAAGAACAGUUGCUGAAAGAUUUAGUAAAAGUCACCAAUGCAAAAUUGAUUGAAAAAGAAUGGCCUUUAGUGGAUUGGAGUGGAGAAAUUAAAAAACAAAUAACACUUGAAAAGCUAAGGCCAUAUUUAGCUAAAUUUUGCCAUCCCAGAACAACACUUCUAGAAGCAUUGCUGACAGCAGCAGAAAUAGAAUUAGACCCAAUUCUCAUUCCCUACCUGAAAAGAAAUGUUGGGUAUCGUUGGCCUCAGGAUUUAGGAGGAGCAACUAUAUUGCAAAAUAUUUACAUCAUUGUAAAUUCAUGCACAAGACCAGUACAGUGGAAAAGUGACAGGAUUUUUAAAUUAGGGAAAAAAGGAAUUAAAAGUGUCACAACCACCAAUUGGACGCUGGGAAAACUGGCAGUGUCAGUGGUGCUGAGGAACAAUCCAGAAAACAUACAUCACUUGUGGGUGGAGAUAAGGAGGGGCAAGAGGGAAGUGGAGGAGCAGCCAGUGACUGUGGAAGAUGACAGACCCUCAAGCAGGGAAGCAGAAGCGAAAGAGGGGGAAGAAGGGGAGGAGGAUUUUGAAUACUAGAGAGAGAGAAAGUUUGAUUGAAGUGUUUGAGCCAUUGGAUUUUAUUACCUUUCCCAAAGCACAAUUACAAAUUUCAAUAACAGUAGUAGGAGGAUUUAAUGCAAAUUUAACCUCAUGUCUCACUUAUUCAUAUUGGGCAGGAGGAAUAACAGCAAUUGGGCGGAGAGUUGAGGAGAACGAGCUCUGGAGUUUUGAAUUGAUCUGCUUGGGGGAGGACAUUAUUUGGAAACGCAACAAUUACAGUUGGCUGGAUCUGGAAGACGUGACUCUGAAGCCAUUGACUGAGCGUUCCUCUAGCGGAAGAGAGCAGACACCUUUUUUCCUUCACUUACCAAGGUAAACAGUAUACAUACACCAGGAUGCCCCAGGGGUUCAAACACUCACCACAUGUAUUUAACCACGUUUUAAAGGUUGAUUUGGAAGAUCUGAGACUGGAUAGCACACUGAUACAAUAUGUGGAUGAUUUAUUAAUCUGUUCAACGACAUUGGAACAGUGCCAUCAAGAUUCCAUCAAAGUGCUCACCAAAUUGGCAGAAGGAGGUCACAAGGCCUCAAAAGAAUAGUUACAGUAUUGUAUGACACAAGUAGAAUAUUUAGGCCGAAUUAUUGCUCACCAGACAAAAGCAAUUUCUCCAAGCCAAUUAGAAGGAAUUAGCAAAGCGCCACUGUGGGACAAAUGAUGACCUUUUUAGGUAUGACAGGGUUUAGUGCUGAUUGGAUUGAAGAAUAUGCAAUAAAAACAGCCCCAUUAAGGGCAAUGAUGAAACAAGUUGGUCAUCAAAAUCUCGGAGCAAAACUUGUAUGGGAUACUGAGGCACUGAUUGCCUUUGAAACAUUAAAAAAGGAGCUCCAAACUGCUCCUGUACUUGCUACGCCAGACUAUGGUAAGGUAUUUCAUUUAUAUGUUGCUGAUAGAAAAGAUGGCUAUGCUUCAGCAGUAUUAAUGCAAGAGACAUGUAGUGGCAGGAAAAAACAACCACUUGCUUACUAUAGCACCAAAUUGGAUAGUGUAGCCCAAGGCUACCCACCAUGCUAUCAGCAAGGCUUAGCGGCUGUAUAUUUUGCUUAUGACAAAGCAUCCACUGUGACAAUGGGCUACCCAGUCAUUAUAUAUACCCACCACAAGGUGGCUGAACUGUUAGAAAAAGGAAGAUUUGUUUUGACACAGGCAAGAGGCCUUACGUAUUCUAGCCUGUUAACAUAUCCUGACAUUACUAUCAAACGAUGUACAACAACAAAUCCAGCAAACUUCAUCCCUUUGGAGGGAGAAGGAACCCCACAUGAGUGUGUGACAGAAUCUCUGGCUUUCACUCGAUUGAGACCAGAUUUGGAAUCAAUUCCAAUUUCUGAUGCAAAUGUUGACUAUUUUGUUGAUGGAUCAUGUUUUAGAGAUCAUUUGGGGAACCAUGCUGGAUUUGCAGUUGUAAAAAGAGAAGGAGAUGACUUUAUCCCGGUCUUACUCAAACAUUGUGAACAGCCAUGCUCAGCACAAUUGGCAGAAUUACGGGCACUUACUGAGGCAUGUCUAUUGGCAAAAGAUCAAGUAGCAAACAUCUAUACUGACUCUGCAUAUGCACAUGGAGUAUGCCAUUUAUUUGGAGCAGUAUGGAAACAAAGAGGGUUCAAAAAGAGUGAUGGAACACCAAUCCAACAUGGAGACCAAAUUACUAAAUUGAUCUCGGCUAUGAUGUACCCAACAAGGUUGGCUAUCAUUAAAUGUCAGGCACAUAAGAAAGGUAACGAUUUUGUAAUUAAAGGUAAUAAUGCUGCGGACACUUUUGCAAAACAGGCCUCAGGGUGUCAGUUGUCUGUGAUGGCACCAUCAGUUUUAAUCCAACCGGUUCCAACUCUUGAGCACAUAAGUGAAAUGCAAAACAGAGCACCCCCUUAUGAAGUAGCAAUAUGGCAACAACGAGGAGCCACAAGAGAUGCUAAUGGACUUUGGCGCUCUCAUGAAGGAUUCAUGAUAGCUCCAAACCCACUGUUGACAAUUUUAAUCACGGAUGCGCAUGGGUUUGCCCAUUGCGCAAGGGGGGAGAUCUUAAAGAAAAUAAAAAGACAGGGAUUCUGGUCACCCUAUAUGCAACAAAGAGUAGACGAGUACUUAAGUGAAUGUGAAGUCUGUGCACAAAACAAUGUUAGAAGAGGAACAGCAACACCACUAGGCUCAAUACCAGUUCCAGAGGGGCCUUUCAAACACCUAGUACUAGAUUAUGUGGACAUGAUUAAAUCUGUAAGGGGGAAAAGAUACAUGCUAGUGAUAAUAGAUCGAUUUAGUAGAUGGGUGGAAGCAGAACCCUCAGCAGAUCAAGGAGCUAAAACAGUAAUCAGAUUUUUGACCAGAGAGGUUAUCCCAAGAUUUGGCAUACCAUCCCAGAUUAGUUCUGACAAUGGCUCAGCCUUCAUUCAAAGAACAGUAAAGACAGUAAUACAACAGCUACGAAUCAAGCAGAGAUUAGGCUGCAUAUACCACCCUUCCUCCCAGGGUAUUGUUGAGCGUGCCAAUGGCACCCUCAAGGCCAAACUCAACAAGAUUUGUGCAGAUACAAAACUUAACUGGGUAGAUGCGUUACCCCUUGCCCUUAUGAGUUACCGCAUGCAAACUAACAGAGUGACAAAUCUGACUCCCCAUGAGAUGUUGACAGGGAGACUCACGCCUGCGCCUCAUUUGAGAGGCCCGUAUGAAGGACCGCCCCUAGAACAGCUUGAGACUGAAAUAAGGGCCUAUAUGAGACAAUUGACUUCCAUACAUGAAGCCAUACAUACUCAGGAGCAAAACAGGGGCCAAGAGAGGAGGAAGAGGCACCCUGUCCAGUGCUCCCUGGAGAUCAGGUCUAUUUGAGAGUUUUUAGGAGAAGAUGGAAUGAGCCAAGGCGAGAAGGACCUUAUACUGUAGUAAGAGCAACCCCAACUGCAGUCCAAGUAGAAGGAAGAACGACUUGGUAUCAUUUGAAUCAUUGUACUAGGGUGCCAAGGCUGAGACGGAGAGAAGAAGAGGCAGAAGAGGAUGCAGACCAAGAUGCCCAAGAAGGGGAGGGGCCAGGGGAUCCAGGUGAGGGACCUAGUAAUGUUGUUGCUGAACCUUCUUCUAGGGAAGCUGAGCAACCUGAGACACGAGAUGAGAUGCGGGGACAAGAUGACGCCCCACAAGCAGGUGAAACUGGGGAGGAGGGUCUUGACAUUGAUCCUGCUGCUGAUGUACCUGCUGAAUCAGCUGCCACUGAUCCAGAGCCGUCAGGUGACCAAUCUCCUGAGGCAGGACCCUCCACCAGUGAACAACCUCGGCCAAAUGGAUUCCUCACCGAACUCCAAGGUAUUGACCUACCCACUGCAGACAGCGGAUCCCCAGCCAGUUACCUCCCAGGUCUCAACAUCACAGGAGACUUUCCCACCCUCAAUCAAAAGACCUUGAGGAAAUCAUCGGAAGUGAUCCAACUCAAAAUGAUUAAUUCAACUCAAGGUACUGUUGUAAAUAGAUCUAUAAGGAAACGAGCUGCAGACCUGAAUGACACUGACUAUGAAGGAUUAGGGUAUGAUAUGGCUUUAGAAAUGCACAAAGAAAAACUGUUGGACAUUGCUUAUCACAAAGAGUGGUAUAAGUGGGCAGAAUAUACUGCCAAACAAUCAAAGAGAAAGACUUGUUUGUUGUGCUCGCCAUCUCCCUUAAAAAAGUUAACAGUGGUACCUGACGAAUAUAGCUUUGCACACUGUGCCAGAUUUUACUCGAAUCACUGUGUAAAUAUAUCAGGGCGAGUUGCUCCUUAUUGCCCUGCAGAGUGUCUGGCAUUACUGGGAAGUAAAUACUAUCACAGGUACUAUGAGCAAGAAUAUUGGGGAGAUGAAUGUAGAAAAUUAGAUGUAAGAAUUGACCUAAGGCGAAGAGAAACUCCCAGUAACUAUGUCUUUGAUCAAACCUUAAUAUAUGAAUGCUUCAACAAGUCAAAAGGGGAUGUAGAUUACGGAAGCUUUCAAGGACAGUGUGGAAUAAUUUGGCACUUAGAUAGGGACAUGUAUGAAAAUCCAAAUGUACAUAAAGCAUUUAGUAGAAUAUAUGCUACAGCUACUGUAAAUAUUAACAUGACAGUUAUUACAACUAAAGAAGCCUGUGAAAAUGCCACGCUAGCCUUCCCAAUAAUAGAUCAAUUUGAAGCAAUAGAUGAAGCAAUUGCUGAUCACUUUUGGAUAUGUGGAGGCAAACGACUAAGAGCCACCUUACCAAAGGGGUGGAAAGGGAUAUGUGCUAGAGUAAGACUAGCUCAAGAAGUAGUAAUGGUUGAUUGGGACCCAGAUGAUGAAACACCAAGCCAGCAUGUAACUCCCGGGCAUAGAGCCAAAAGAGCAUACAAACCAGAUCCUAAUGUGGUAAUAGACGCAAUAGGCCAGCCUAGAGGCAUACCACAUGAAUUUAAAGCAAGAGAUGAAGUGAAAUCAGGAUUUGAGUCUAUAUUUGUUUGGAUAACCCCAAAUAAGAAUGCUGAAUGGAUUAACUACAUUUACUAUAAUCAGCAAAGGUUUAUUAAUUACACAGAUGAUGCUCUGAUGGCUCUGGGAGAACAAUUGAAAUACACCAGUAAAAUGACCUGGCAGAACAGGCAAGCGCUGAAUUGGUUACUCGCGGAAAAAGGCGGGGUUUGCGUGAUGUUUGGAAUUGACUGUUGUACCUUUAUCCCAAACAAUACAGCACCUGACGGAUCCUUUACCAAAGCCAUGAAGAAGCUAAAGAGUCUGAGAACAGAAGUCACUGAAAAUGCUGGAAGAGACAGAAAAAUUGGAGAAUGGUUUGACUCUCUCUUUGGCUCAUGGAAAGAAUGGCUGGUAAAGGUGGGAGUAAUAGUAGCAGUUGCUGUUGGAAUCUUUGUGUUGUUGUUCUGUUGUGUGUUACCUUUUCUCAGAUCAAUGAUGGCAGGUGCAGCAGCCAAGCAGAUGGUGAAUGUGUCUGUAAAACAAUCUGGGAUUGACAUUGGAUGCACCACGACAACUGGAGUGUAUCCAAUAGGUCCAGGUCUGGAUGAGCUGGACGAAUUCCCAUGAAAUGAUCCCUAACUGGGGGUAAUGGAAGGGGUGCCACUUUUUUAUUUUUGACCCUGAAUUUAAUGCUGUCUUUGAUAGAGAGGGAGGUAGUCAAGAACAUGUAUUUUCUUUUGGGGCAAAAACUCAAGUAAGCAUUUCAGACAAUGGGUAGAGUAGGCAGUUAGUAAGUGGAUGUUUUGUUUGUUAUUUUGGCAUAAACCCCCUUCCGAUUUUUAUUUUCAUUUUUGUUUUUCCAUUAUUAUAAAAAUACCUGCACACUAUUAAAUAUCACUUUAAGAAUGAGAGGGGACGAAUGAGGGUCAGAAGCAGGCCAUCAUCCGGCACAAAGCCAAGCGUAAAAAAAAAAAAAAAAAAAAAGUGGCACUUGGUUGACCGAGGGAUGAUGCAACCCGAUUAUAGGGAAAAGAAUAUGAAGGCCUUUUACUAUUUUAUUAUUCUUAUUUAACCAAUGAAAGCUCACUUUUGAAUAUAAUGUACACUCACUUAUCCUUUGAGAAUCCUAUUGGUGACUGGAGGAAGGAUCGACGAGCACCUCAGUGCUUUGCAGCAAGGGCUGACUCUACUGGUGGUUUAAAAACCCGCUGUCAGUCCCAACUCCAGAUAGUACCCUAGGCAGGUCCAGGUACCUCUGGCAACGGUGGAGCAGCCCAGAUAGCGCUCCAGGCCACCGGAAGCGCCUGAGAGUUCCUCUGGCAUCGUGGGACUAUAUACACAUAUAGAUGUGCAUUCUACUACUGUCAUUAUUCUAUUACUGUAUGAUGUAAUCACUGAAGUGCAUUGAUCUACUGAUAUAACCAAAGCUUGUUCAUCAAUUAAAAUGUGAAGAAGUAUCCCCCUAAAAAGAAGGUUUUAGGUAGGGAGAUGGGAUCUUUUACUCCUCUCUAGCUAAACAAAGGGGGGGAAAUGUUUGGUCUCAUUCUCCUCUGGAGUGUGUCCCCAUGGGAAGGUCACUUGGUAGAAAAAAGAUGGGUGACUAUUCUUGGUCACUAAGAAAGAAGAAGGAAACAGGCUGACCUAUGAGGACAUGCUCUGGGAUAAGGGCAUAGAGGUGGGGCUAAAGAGAGCCCCAAAGGGGGGAUGUGUUGGGAAAAUUCAUUGAUUAUUAACGUAUUACCAGUAGAGAAUAGCUUGUAUGAAAAGCACUGGAAAGCACCGGGUUUUCUGCACAGAGAGCAUCAAGCGUAAAUGAAAUAUAAGUGUAUUCAAUGCAAAUUAUAAUAGCAAGUUGUGGAAAGUACCAAAGAAACCAUUAAAACAUGUUUUUUUAAAAAAUAUAACGGCUGGCGAUCCGCCACCAUUAAAACCAAAGCUGAGGGGUAUUCAUAGAUAAUAGUGGCAAAACGCCAGGGUGGAGCUAAAAGAAAAAGAUAACUAGAGGAAUCCUCAUUGGACCUGUAACGAUAAGAAAAACAUAUAAAACGAGCUGAUUAACGCUGUUUAGAUCAGAUGUGAUGCCUGAUGAGAAGCUGACAUCUCACUUUGUUGCCUGGCAAUAAAGAAUAUCUUUUGAAGACCUGGAACUUCUGACUCUGAGAGCUUUUUUUAGGAAGAAACAGAAUCAUCUUAGGACACUGCA